GAUGUCUGCGUGCGUCCUGACGCAUGGCCCGCAGGUGUUAGUCAUGUCCCGGGAGCCUGUGGUUCUGGACCUGUCUCUGCUCGAGGGGUCGGACCUGAAGGAGGCGGAGCUCGUCAGAAACUCCCUGUCGCAGCAGCUCAACUCAGACAGAGGAGGCGCCGUCCUGACAUCCCUGGUGGACUUUUACCUGGAGACCUUUUCCUCUCAGGCCGUUUCUCUGCUGUCGACCGUCAGGGAGCAGCUGCACAAGGCGCUGCUGGAGAAGCUAAACGAUGCUCUGAAUAAAUCUGCGUCGCGUCUGGCCGCUCUGUCGCUGCUGGGCCACCUGACGAGGAAGCAGCCGUCGUGGGUUCACCUGGUCACGCGCUGCCCCCUGCUGGCCUCCUUGCUGCGCUGCCUCAAGACUGACGGUGACGCUGUAGUCCUGUCCACUGGAGUCCUGGUGCUGGUCACUCUGUUACCCAUGAUCCCUCACUGCGGGAAGCAGCUCGUCUACGAUUUCUUCGAUGUGUUUGGGCGUUUGGCCUCGUGGAGCCUCAGGAACCCAGCUCAGGUGCCUGUGCUGCAGCUGCUCCACCUGCAGGGGGCGCUCUACUCGCUCUUCCACAGACUCUACGGCAUGUUCCCUGUAAACUUCCUGUCCUAUCUGCGGCUGCACUACAGCAUGAAGGAAAACACGGACACCUUCCACCGAGUCGUCAAGCCCAUGUUGGAUCACGUCAGAGUUCACCCAGAACUGGUCACAGGAACUCAGGACCAAGAGCUGGACCCCACCAGGUGGAGGCGUUUUGAGGUCCAUGACAUCGUGAUGGAAUGUUCUCGUUUGUCUCUGGACCCUCUGGAAGCGUCUAGUGAAGACCUGCUGUACUGCUCCUCCUCCUCCCUUCCCACUGUGCCCUCUGUGCCCACUCUGCCCGCUGUACCCACUGUACCCGCCGUGCCCUCUGUGCCCGUCACUGAGGGGGAGAGCAGCCCAACCACGUCCCUGCAGGCUGUCGAUCUGGACUGGAGUCCUUCGUCUCACUGCGGCAUGUCCACGCCUCCACCUGAAAGACACGCCCCCUCCUCACCAGGCCCCGCCUCCUCGACACCAAGCCCCGCCCUUUUGACUCCAGGCUCCACCCCUUCCACCGCAGGCCCCUCCUCUUCCACACCAGGCCCCGCCCCCUCCACUCCAGUUGUGGCAUCACCCUUCCAGGCUUCCGUACCUGUAGCUCCGCCCCCUGAGCUCUCACCUGUCUCCUGCGACCUCCAGCAGCAGCAGCACAAGCAGCCAAUCACAGAUCAGGAUGGACAGAGUGAUGUCACGAAGCCCCGCCCCCCGACACACCACUCCAUCCCUGACCAAUCGUACGAGGCGCUUUUUGAACUGGCCCUGCCUCGAGCGGCGCCGCUGUUUGUGGCCAAAAAACAAAGGUUAGAGGCGCUGCAGAGAGCAGAGCUGGACCACAGUCCUGUGUCUCCUCUGGAACUUCUGGACCAACUGAAACCAGUCCAAGACCUGCUGAUCCUGCAGGGAGACCACGCCCACCAGCAGCUGCUCAGAUCGGCCAUGAACAAGAGUUUGGACCGCAGCUCUACAGGCCCUCUGGCCCCCUCCAUAGCGCCCCCUGCAGUGUCAGUGGAGGAGCUGAGCAUUGAGCUGCUGCUGGUUCAGAAUCAGCUCCAGUUCGAGAGGUUCAAGAGGCAACAGCACGCCAUGAGAAACCGCAGACUUCUGAGGAGAGUGAUCCAGACCACAGCCCUGGAGGAGCAGCUCAACGCCAUGAGGGCGCAGGUGGGCGUGCUGGAGGCAGAGUUGCGUUUCCUCAGAGAGAGUCUGGAGGUGGAGCAGAUACGUUUCUCUGAGCUGAAGCUUCACUCUGAGACGAGCACGUCCCAGCUGCAGGCGCACAUCCAGGACCUGAGCUCCAGCCAGCAGGGGGCGCUGCAGGACAAGGCCCGCCUACAGAGCGAGCUGCUGCAGUGUCAGACGCGGUUGAAGGAGCAGGAGGCGGAGCUUCAGAGAGCCAAUCACAAGGCAGAUAACGCCCAGCACCAGCUGUCACAACUGUCAAUCAAAGUGAGCAGUGGGGAGGAGCUCCAGCAGCACCUGUUCCUCAUGAACCAACAGCUUCUUCUGCUGCGAGAGUCAAACCGAACCCUGAGCCAAGCCCUGAGCUCCACAAGAAACAGAUCUGACAUGGAGGCGUUGCUGCUGCAGGGGGUUGUGGGUAAUGAAGUCCAGCAGCUGAAGGAGAGCGAGGUGCAGCUGAAGCAGGCCCUGGACUCAGCCAACGACAGAGCGGAGGAACUGGAGACCCAACUGGCCCUCAAAGACCAACUGAUCCUGGACCAGAAGAGACUCCUGGAGGACUGCAAGGCUCUGAGCAGGUCCCAGCUGUCUGCGUCUGAGUCUCGGUGUGUGGCUCUCAGGUGCAUCACUCAGAGCCUCCAGACCGAGCUCCUUCACCUCUACAGCCAGAUCCAGCUCCGGUCCAAAGAGGGCCAAGACCAGGAUCACAACCAGGACUGGGCCUACAGCAGGCCCCGCCCCUCGGCAUCUGUCAACAUCGCCAACAACGCCAAACUGCAGCCGCUGUACUCGCCGCCCAUCGAGUCGCCGCUCACCGUCGGCUCCUUCCUCGAACGGGAAGCACGGCGACUGUUCGGACCGGCCAAUCAGAGCCCGGAGACGGAAGAAGCAACCGAUCACAGCCCGGGGGAGGUGCAGAGCCGCGUCGAGUUCGAGUCCGAAGUAGCCAAUCGGAGCGCGGCGUCCGAGGGAGCGGCCAAUGACGAUCCAGAGGGGGCGGGACAAAGGGAGCGGGACGUAAAACCGGAGCAGCGAGCGCUUUCCGGCGUAGAGUCAGAGCCGGCGGCCAAUCGCAGCUCAGAGGAGGCGGCGCUGGAGGAGGAGGCGGAGGAAGUGCAGGAGGAAAUGCUUCUGACCUCGAGUCCCCCAAACCAGCCUCAGAACUGGGCCGGCGUCGGUCGGAACAGCAGACCGGGACCCGCCCACGGAGACCUCACGCUGGCCGUACGACAGCGCCGACUGGAGCUCAGCCUCAUGGACUACAACGAGACCGGACCGGACUCCUGACCGGGAUCCGGGUCUAGAUCAGGAGGUCCAAAGGGAUCGUGAACUACACCGCUGACGUGAAACUGGACUGAGCCGGGUCUGAUCUAGGACUCCAUCAGGUCUAAAGGAAGGAGAUCCAGGACUAAAACAGGACUCAGGUCUCAACGACGGCUCAACCAAGUCUAAACAUUGACAACACUAGGAAUAUACGCAUCAAGAAUCUCGGACGUCAGGUCA